AUGUCUUCUCAGCACACCCUCUUUUCAUCUCUUUCAAAAAUUAUUUCUCAAGAUUUAGGAACGAGAGGUAUUGACAAACUUCUUCAAAACGCUUCAAAAGAUAUUUCGGAGGAUUACAAUGUUCAAUCAAUCGUUCGCAUUGUUCAUGAUUAUAUUUUAAAUUCCAUCAUGACACUUGUCGAUUCUACAUCAUCCAGCUCUGAAAAUUCCAACAAAAAAUUCGUUGCAAUUAUUACCGGAUUUUCAGUACCACCCAAUGGCUAUGCAGAAACAGAUGGUCCAUUAGGAGCCAUUUGGAUUGGUUUAGGAGUGCUGAGAUUUACUCCUUUGAAUGUUCUUUAUUUUGUGGACGAAAAUCAAUACGAAGGAAUGUUAAAAUUCUUGAAAAUGGUUUUUGGAAAUGAUGAACAACGAGUAAAAAUUGUUAAGGUGACCAGACAAGACUGCAACGAUAUUCACCAGGCUUCUGCAGAAUGUAAAGAUUAUUUAGAUGACAUUCAUUCUUUCAUUUCAAUUGAACGAGUUGGAAGAUCAAAAGAUGGAAAAUGUUACAGUAUGAGAGGCAUUGAAAUUUCUGGUUAUAAUCUUGCUCUUGACAUCAUUAUUGAAUAUGUCCAAAAGAAACAUCCAAACACUCCUCUUGUGAGCAUUGGUGAUGGAGGAAAUGAAAUUGGAAUGGGUAGUGUUCUUGAACAUGUUGAGAAAUGCAUUCCUAAUGGAGAGAAAAUAGCAUGUGUGAUGAAGAGUGACUUUUUACUCGUUUGUGGUGUCAGUAAUUGGGGAGGCUAUAUAUUAUAUUUAUUAUUUGAGUAUUGUAGAAAUGCUAUUGUUGAAAAUAAGCCAAUGCAAGGAAUAGAUGUUCAGAUUGACCUCAAUUAUCUAACAUUUAUGGUCAAUGAGUGCCAAAUGGUUGAUGGCGUUCGAAACCAAGCUACCAUUAGUGUGGAUGGAUUAGACUAUGAUCCUAUUCAUGUACAAGUUGUCAACGAGCUGAAUCAUUUAUUUGAUAUAGACAUGAAAAAGAAGAACUUGUAG